CGUGAUUAACCUUUUGCGAGGCAAAACCGUAAAAGUAAAACAAGAGGAGGAGAAAGAGUAGAUCAAUAAUGGCGUCGCCGUCGAGAGGAGGGAUUACUCAGGUCGCGGCACGAUCGGAGAUGGAGAAGAUGAGCUUGGAUCAACUGAAAGCACUCAAAGAGCAGGUUGAUCUGGAAGUGAAUCUCCUCCAAGACAGUCUCAACAACAUUCGUACGGCUAUCACUCGCCUCGACAUCGCCUCCUCCGCCCUCAACGAUCUAUCGCUCCGCCUUAAAGGGAAGAAAAUGCUUGUGCCUCUCACUGCCUCGCUCUAUGUACCGGGAACACUUGAGGACGACGAGAAAGUCCUGGUUGAUAUCGGCACUGGUUACUUCGUUGAGAAAACCAUGGCCGAGGGCAAGGAUUAUUGUUCGCGUAAGAUUCACUUGCUUAAGUCUAAUUUUGACCAACUUCUUGAGCUUGCAUCGAAAAAGAAGGGCGUUGCUGAUGAAGCUGGCGCAAUCUUGCAGGCCAAAUUGAAGCAGUUAACACCGUCAACAUAGUAUUUCCCGGAUCUCUUUUGAAGCUCAUAAGCCGUUCAUCACAGUAAAUGGUCAAACUUUUGCCGGUGAUAUUAGUUGUCUUCCUAGUUCAGUUUCUUCUUGUAUCCUUUCUGUCCUGUCAAGAGUGGGAGGGAAUGUGAUUUUCGCCAAUGGUUAGACAUAGCUGAUAGAAGUUAAGUGCAGAAUUUAGAGAGGUUAGUAUUUGGCAUGUUUGCUCCACAGAAGUUGCUGAGAGUGCUUGUAUUUCUAGUGUUGAUCAAUUUAUAUAUAUAUAUUUCCCUGGGUAGGCUUUUUU